AUGUCAAGAACAGGAAUAAAUGUGUGUGCUCUUCUGUUGCUAUGUCUCAUCACCAGUUCCCUGUGUAACGCGUUCACUUUGUCGGAAGAACCUGCGGAAAGAGCAGCCAAAUCGGAUGGAUAUUGUAGUUGGAUUUUACGUUCACAGCCUCAGGGAGUGAAAAGAGAUAGCUACAAUGAGUUUCGGCUCCGUGUCGAGGGAGACCCGGAGAAUUAUCAAGCCGGGAGUACGUACAGAGUUACUCUCUACACAACAAACCCUGCUUACUUCAGAGGCUUCACCCUCAUUGCAUUGAAAGAAGGGCAGAAUGGAGACAAAGAGGAAGAUUAUGCUGGCAAUUUUCAGAUCAUUGAUGAGGAGGACACUCAGUUUAUGACAAACUGUCCACCUGCAGUGACAGAGAGUACUCCUCGCAGAAGAACCAGAAUACAGGUGUUUUGGACAGCGCCCCCCACAGGCAGUGGCUGUAUUUUACUGAAGGCGAGCAUCGUUCAGAGGAAGAUCAUCUCCUUCCAGGAUGAGGGCUCCCUCACAAAGCGGAUGUGUGAGAAAGAGCCGCUGUUUGGAGAAGCCACUGACAAACCACUCCUGGACUGCUGUGCCUGUGGUACAGCCAAGUACAGGGUCACCUUCUAUGGCAACUGGUCUGAGAAACUGCAUCCCAAAGACUACCCAAGGAGAGCCAAUCACUGGUCAGCGAUAAUUGGAGCCUCCCAUUCUAAGAACUAUGUGCUGUGGGAGUAUGGUGGCUAUGCCAGCGAAGGAGUCAAACAGGUGGCAGAGCUUGGCUCACCCGUCAAGAUGGAGGAGGAGAUUCGACAGAAGGGUGAUGAGGUUCUCACUGUCAUUAAGAUGAAGGCUCAAUGGCCAGCCUGGCAGCCACUAAACGUACGGGCAGCUCCCUCGGCAGAGUUCUCAGUAGACCGCACACGUCAUCUCAUGUCCUUCCUGACCAUGCUGGGACCCAGCCCAGACUGGAACGUUGGGCUCUCUGCCGAGGACCUCUGCACCAAGGAGUGUGGCUGGGUUCAGAAACUGGUCCAAGACAUGAUCCCCUGGGAUGCUGGCACUGACAGUGGGGUCACUUAUGAGUCCCCCAACAAGCCCACGAUACCCCAGGAGAAGAUUCGGCCACUCACCAGUUUGGACCAUCCUCAGAGCCCUUUCUAUGACCCUGAGGGUGGGGCCAUCACCCCCGUGGCAAGGGUUAUAGUAGAGAGGAUUGCCCGCAAGGGUGAGCAGUGCAACAUCGUUCCUGAUAACGUGGAUGACAUCGUAGCAGAUAUUGCCCAAGAGGAAAAAGAGGAAGAUGAUACACCGGAAACUUGUAUAUACUCCAACUGGUCCCCGUGGUCAGCGUGCAGCUCCUCGACUUGUGAAAAGGGCAAGCGUAUGAGGCAGCGGAUGCUAAAAGCCCAGCUGGAUCUCAGUGUGCCCUGCCCACACACUCAGGACUUUGAGCCCUGCAUGGGCCCAGGCUGUAGCGACGAGGAUGCCUCUACAUGCAUGAUGUCUGAGUGGAUUACUUGGUCACCAUGCAGCGUAUCGUGUGGGGCAGGUGUGCGAUCCAGGGAGAGGUACGUGAAACAGUUUCCAGAGGAUGGCUACACCUGCACUCUGCCUACUGAGGAGACAGAGGAGUGCACCGUUAAUGAAGACUGCUCACCCAGUAGUUGCUUGGUGACGGAAUGGGGUGAGUGGGAUGUCUGCAGUGCCACCUGUGGGUUGGGAAUGAAGAGGCGGGAACGCAUGGUCAAAAUGCCUCCCUCAGAUGGCUCCAUCUGUGGAGCAGAGGUUGUGGAAGUGGAGAAGUGCAUGAUGCCAGAAUGUCACACCAUCCCAUGUCUGCUGACUCCCUGGUCAGACUGGAGUGACUGUAGUGUGACAUGUGGCAAAGGCACACGCACUCGUCAGCGCAUGCUCAAAUCACCUGUAGAACUGGGAGAGUGCUCAGAGGAACUGGAGCAAGUGGAGAAAUGCAUGCUGCCGGAAUGCCCAACACACUGCAUGCUUUCGGAGUGGUCCGAGUGGUCUGAGUGUAACAAAUCCUGCGGGAAGGGUCACAUGAUCCGGAUGCGGAUGGUGAAGCUGGAACCGCAGUUUGGUGGUGACCCAUGCCCAGAGACCAUCCAAAGGAAGAAGUGUAAGAUCAGGAAGUGCAACCAGGGUAGCGCCAACAGUGACGAGAGAAAGAGACGCAAAGAGGCCCGCAAGAAGAGAAAGAACAAGCAGGGGAGAGAGGAAACUGUGGAUGAGCACGCAGGAUGUAAGAUGAAACCAUGGUCUGCGUGGACAGACUGCACCAAGUCAUGCGGCGGAGGGAUCCAGGAGAGGCUAAUGACAGCUAAGAAAAGGUUCAAGAGUUCACAGCUGACGAGCUGCAAAGACAGAAAGGAGAUCCGGGCCUGUAAUGUGCAUCCCUGCCAGGGACUGUUGGAAGGAGUCAGUAGGCAGUGA